CAAUAGUAGUUUAGUAUAUACUUGAGAUGUUAAUACGCACUUCUUGUUCGUGAAUACAAUUAGUGUUUAAAGUUAUUUUUUUUACGUUUAUUAAACUGGUUCUUUGCUCUUUUGAGAUUUUCUUCAAAUAAGCACAUUCAUAGGAUUAACUGUAACUAUGUCUUCGAGCGGUGACGAUGAGGUGGAUCCCAUAGCUGCAUUGGGCAUCUCGGAGGAGGCGUUAUCAGAUUACCGACGCGCCUUUGACCUGUUUGACCCGGACGGUGACGGGACAAUCACCACGCUAGAGCUGGGCACGGUGAUGCGGGUCAUAGGUCAAAACCCGACCGAGGCGGAGCUCCAGGACAUGGUCAACGAGGUGGAUGAAGACGGUAAUGGUACGAUCGAGUUCGAGGAGUUCGUGAAGAUGAUGGCGUCCAAGACGACUUCCAGUCAAUCGGAGAAUGAGAUCAACCGAGAGGCGUUUGACGUAUUUGACCCGCAAAGGACCGGAUUCAUCACCGCGGAAAAUCUCAAGCGGAUCAUGCAAGCCCUGGGGGAGGAGCUCACAGACGAGAUCGCUCAGGAAAUGAUAGAAAAGGUGGACGGAGACGGGGAUGGAAAGGUCAGCUUUGAAGAGUUUGUCGAGAUGUUACAAGUUGCCGACGAAACGCAGCUAAAACACCGGAAAAAGCCGGAGGAACCACUUCCGGUGAUCACUACCACCCAUGACGAGACUGCUAGCGAGGUUACAGACCACUCUGAAACAACAUGACUACAUGACUGAUUUUUAUGACGUUCUUUGAUAUAAAUAUACAUUGUGUAUGUUUCUUGUCAUCACUUGUCAAACUACAUAUGUACACAUUUAGCAAUUAUGCGUGUGUAAUAGAGAUAAUAACGCGUGUUAAAGAUAAUAAACAAUCGGUAAUUA